AUGACGAGAAUUUCUCUGCUGCGUUACUCUUCCAAUGGUAUUAUUCCCUCUUUUUCUGCUAUUUCACCUUCCGCUUCGCCAAUUGCAAUCAGAUAUUAUUCUUCAUCUCGUAGCAAUAUUGAGAAUGUCAAGUGUUUAAAUGAUGCUCUGAAUCUCUUUCGUCAAAUGGUCAGAACUCAGCCUCUUCCUUCUGUUUUCGAAUUCUCAAAAUUAUUGAAGACUAUGGUAAAUAUGAAGCAUUACUCUUCUGUUGUUUCUGUUUUUGAAGAAAUGCGAAAAUCGGGUGUCCCAAUCGAUGGUUUCAUCUUGACUAUUGUGAUUAACAGUUAUUGCCUAAUGCACCGUCCUGAUUGUGGAUUUUCAAUGUUAGCCAUUUACUUGAAGAAUGGCAUUCCAUUUGAUGUUGUCACUUUUAACACCUUACUAAGGGGACUCUUUGCGGAAAAUAAGAUCAAAGAUGCGGUUAAUUUGUUCAAAAAGUUGGUGCGAGAGAAUAUUUGUGAGCCUAAUGAAUUUAUGUAUUCAAUUGUCAUGAAUGGGCUUAGCAAAAGGGGUCAUAGUCAAAAAACUUUCGAUUUGCUUAGGGUAAUGGAACAAGGAAGCACUAAGCCCAAUGCAUACAUCUAUAACAUUGUUAUAGAUGCCCUAUGCAAAGAUAGGAUGUUAGAUGCUGCUAUUAGCCUUUUUGAAGAGAUGAAACAAAAAGGCAUUCCUCCAGACAUUGUCACAUAUAGUUCAUUGAUUGAUGGUUUCUGUAAGCUUGGCCAGUGGGAAAAGGUUAGGACUUUGUUCUCUGAAAUGGUAAAUCUUAAUAUUUAUCCAGAUGUUUGCACCUUGACCAUAGUGACAGAUGGACUAUGCAAAGUAGGAAAAGUUGAAGAUGCCGAGGAAGUAAUGAAACACAUGAUUGAAAAAGGUGUAGGGCCAGAUGUGGUCACCUACAAUGUGAUAAUUGAUGGAUAUUGCUUGCGCGGUCAAAUGGACAGAGCAAGGAGACUUUUCGAUUCCAUGAUAGAUAAGAGCAUUGAGCCUAACAUUUUUAGCUAUACCAUAUUAAUAAAUGGAUAUUGUCAGAAAAAGAAAUUGGAUGAGGCCAUGCAUCUGUUUCGUGAAAUAUCUCGAAAUGGACUGAAACCUGACAUUGUUACAUACAGUACUAUCUUGCAAGGUCUAUUUGAAGUUGGAAGAACUGACUUUGCUGAAAUAUUCUUUGCUGAGAUGCUAUCUACGGGGCUCAAGCCCGAUUUAUGCACUAUUCAGAUUUUGCUCCGUGGUUAUUUCCAGAAUGGACUUGUUGAGAAAGCUAUGUUGCUAUUUCAUGAGCGGGAAGCAAAGAGAGAAGAUAUUGAUAUUGAACAUUAUAAUGUGCUAAUUGAUGGAUUGUGCAAAAAUGGACAUUUCGACAAAGCUCAUGCUUUUUUUGAGAAGCUUUCUUUAAUUGGAUUGUUUCCCAAUGAUAGUGGAUUUUGUGUAGAAGGGUUGUUAGAUGAAGCUAAAGAUACGUUACGAAAAAUGGAUGAGAAUGGUCAUUCGCCAAACGAUGUCACUUACAAUAUUAUUGUGCGAGGAUUUCUCAAGUUUGGCAAAACUAGUGAAAUGAUAACUUUUUCGAAGGAAAUGGCUCGAAGGGGCUUCUCAUUUGAUGCAAGUACAGUAGAGUUACUAAUAGAUGCUAUAGCGAAGUUACUAAUAGAUGCUAUAGCGAAGGAUCCUUCUUUGCUUAACAUGAUACCACAAUUUCACUUGGAAAACAAGAACUGAUAUUUAUUUCACUUGAUUUAUUCAGCUAUAGUUACCACUAUGAUGCAAUUUCCUUUACCUCUGCGAAUAAAUCAUAUCUAGUCGAAUUGCGAGUUGAAACAAUGGCAACUAUAGCAUUUCUUGAGCUAUCCAAGCAAGGUUAUUGGGGAGGAUCAGUUCUAAUAAUUUGAUUGUUAUGCCACUCUACUUUUAUGAAAUCAUAUUUUUUGCGUAAGCGAUUCGGGUUUCCUCAUGUGUACACAUUAUAAGUCCAAGAAUAGCAUUUUCAGUGGUAAAAGUCUUGUUUUGAAGAUGGAGGGAACUGAUUUGUUUUGAAGAAGUAGAAAUCUGUUUGCAACUGUAAUUGUUUUGUUUCUUUAUUUCAGACUAUGAAUUUUAACUAUUAAGUUUAAAUUAUGAUAGCUUUCAUCUAGUUAGAUUUUUUUACUUGCCUGAUAGUCACUAUCACAAUGAUCUUAAGAGCAAGACCUUAGGCUGCUAUUGUAAACAAAUCUGUCUAAAUCUAAAAAGAUGGUGGCAAAAUGCAAGGAGGAAUUCAAGCAAUCAUUUUUCAUGGAAAUUUACUCGAGAAUGUUGUUCUACCACUACUGAAUCCAGCAAUGCAGCCACUUAUGUUUUCACGUCAUGACUCGACUUCAACUGCGUUGUAUGGAAGGACAUGGUCUUCGAAAGCACGACAAUAUCUGGCAUUUUGAAAGAUGAUGUUGUGCACAACAGAUGAUACUAUGUUAUGAUGAUGCGCAAUGGAAGACAAACCGUAUUGUUGGAGCCUUUGGUGGUUUUGGAAACUGGGGAAAACAAAUCAAUCGCUGGAAUUAUUAGAGAAAGAGGGAUGGUGUCCAUCGGAGUUGUUGUCCGUGCUGUUGCAACUGAGCAUAGGGAUGAGCUGAAAAUGCUUACAUACAAGGAGGUUACUAGAAGGUGAUGACGAUAAAUAAAUGGAUCAAGCGCUUGAUCUUGUAAAUAUUGGCAUGCUUGAAUCUAUGAUGCGCCUCUGGAAGUGUACUACUUUUUCUGUUUAGUGUACUUUUGACUAGCAGCUGUUUAGGAUGGCAAGUUCUCUACACAAAAUAACAGCCGUUUCAUCUUGAUUUAAGAUGAAGAGGAGAUUGAUCACUCUAAACAGUAAACAUACAUCUCCACAGUCCACUGGUGCGGAAAAGGUUACUUCAUCUUAUGAGAAGUCAUUUUCAUCAGUUAAAUCAUUUUGACAUUUGCCUAGUGAAACUAGAUCAUGAGCUGCUAUGACACCUUCCGAUUCAUCUACCAUCCCAAAUGCAAAUUCUAGUGCGACGAAUAGUGCAGAAACCAAAAGUUAGCUCCUUUGUAACAACAUAAUAAGCAGGGUUUUGGAAGUGCUGGCAAUUUUCAGUGACGUACAUUCAGUAAAAAGGUGAAAAAGGUUAAGGGACAAAAGAUGGAAAGCACAACAAAGUACAGUUACUUCUGCUCUGCUUACUGAAGGUUGCAGGAUGCACGGUCCAUUUCUAGUGGUCAAGAAACAUUCAGAGAUGAAGAGGAGAUGGCUCAAUCUGAACAUUGCUCUCCACGGUCCGUCGGUGCUGAAAAGUCUCGAAUGCAAAUUCUAGCGCGAGGAAGAUUGCAGAAACCAAAAGUUACCUCCUUUGUAACAAGGUCAUGAGUGUACAAAUCCAGAUAUAGGUGCAGCUUGGAGUUCCCCAAUGAGAAGUAUAGCUGAUAAUGUAUUACAGUAGAGGCAUGUUACUUACGUUAUCGUGUCUAAAACGCAGAGGCUAAAACAAAUCAAGAAUAAUUAUAGCUAUCUGUUUGAAGUAUUUUUAUAUUUUUGUUUGUGGAACAUUAAAGUGUUUGUGGAAGUUAAGUGGUAUUAUUAUGGACGUAUCAGGGUAUUCUCUUUUUC